GUUGAGUUUUUGUGGUAACACAUCUUGUAAACUGAAGUCAACUUUUCACUGCAUUAAAGUUUAACGAUCAAAGCAUGAAGACCACACCGCUUUUAUUCUUCUAUCUGCUGCUGUGCUGUCAAUCUACAGAGAGUUUAACUAAAAAACAAGUGAAUUUAGGGGGAAAUGUGACGUUAGACUGUGAUAUUGAUGUUAAAGACAUUUAUUGGCUUUUUCUAAAACCGUCAAAAUCUCUAGUGGUGAUAUUACGUACAAAUUCUACAUCAGCUAUGUUUAUUGAUCAAAGACUCAGAAACAAAUAUUCACCACAAAAUAACAGUAGUUUGUUUAUUAGUAAUAUAACAAAAGAUGAAUUAGGUGUAUAUUAUUGUGCAAAACUACACUCAAUAGCUCUAAAGCUCAGCAAUGGAACAAAACUUUACAUCUCUGAAGUUGCCUAUAAGAAUGAGACAGAAGAUAAUGAUCAACUACAACACAGCAACACAACCACAACACAACAUUCAGCUCUGACACUUGCAACCAUCUCACUGAAUGUCCUGCUCCCCAUCAUAAUAAUAGGUCUGUUGAUGGCAAGAUGUCGUAAACCAAGAAAAGGUGCAAAACCACAGCCGAAUGCUGAAGUCGAGCUUGAGCAGAUUAAGGACCUGAAUACAGCUAAGUUUGCAGAAGUGGAGUUUCGUCUGUGUGAUUAACAUUGCAGCGAGGCCGGCAGCAUUUUUACAUCACAAACCAACAACAAGAUAAAGAUAAAAAACAAUAUAAAUCUGUCUGUAUAGCAUAACAAUACAAAUACUUACUAGUCCUGUAAAUGUUUAACAUCAUGUUUUUCAA